AUGAGGGCCUCGCGCGCGUCCGUAACGGCACGUACGCCUUCAUCGCUGACUAUCCUGGUGAGGCUUGAGGCUAGGAUGCUGGACGCUGGUGAGGCUAAUGUUGAGGGCCUCACGCGCGUCCGUAACGGCACGUACGCCUUCAUCGCUGACUAUCCUGUGCUGGACUACAUCCAGCGGAGGGAAUGUGACCUCCGGCUUCUCAACGAGCAUUUGUUCAGACAAGUGAAUAGUUUCGCGCUGCAGAAGAAUUCACCGCUCAUGCCUUCCUUCAACUUCUUUCUUAUGAAGCUGCGUGACGGUGGAGUGCUGGAGAAACUGCGCUCCAAGUGGUGGCGUAGCAGCAGCUGCGAGGGCGCCCAGCCUGCUUUUACCAAGCUCGGUCUAGAGGAGGUGAGCUCAUGCUUCAUGCUGCUCUGCUUGGGCAUGCUGCUCGCCGUGCUGUUGUGCUUCUGCGAGUGCUGCAAGCUGCGCAGGCGACUUGUGCUGCACUCCCAACAGGCUUCGGAUGAAGCCUUUGCACCGCCUGCGUCACUCUCCAUGAGGCCGGAAUAA